GAGCUCACUGACGCCUGACGUUGGAGGGGCACACGAGUCAAUCAAGUGACCCUUGGUGUGCGUUUUCUUUGUGCGCGUGUGACUUUCGUUUUGCUUUGCUUUGCUUCGUUUUGUUUGGACGUGAUGUGCUCGCUGUAGAUUGAAAGCUGAGUUUAACUUGAAAAGCCAUGGCGGAAGUUGUCGCUCUCUGGCGAAGGUGGCUUGGAGGUGAUGCUGAGGAGAAGGAGCGAGAGCGAGCGGAGGAGGAGCGGGAGCGACAGAGCGCAUCUUCGGCCGCCGCCGCCGCCCGCCUCCUCCCUGCCGGCCAGGCGUCCGGUGUCUCGUUCGCCUCCCCGGCCAGACCUCGCCCGUUGCCCAGUGACGAGCUGCUCCCUCCGCGGAAGCCGUCAAGAUGGUGGAUUUGGGCCAGGCUGGCAGCGGCGACGAGGAAGGCAAGAAGACGUCGAAAAGGUCUCGAACGAGGCGAGGCAAACGAGGCCGCCGGCGUCGCAAUAACCACAAGCGCAAGAGCAACAUCAACAACAACAAGCACGAAACACCGCCGCCAUUUCUACCACCAGAGGCUGAAGAAGGAAACAUUGAAUACAAGCUCAAGCUGGUCAACCCCUCCCAGAACCGCUUUGAGCACCUGGCCACGCAGCUCAAGUGGCGUCUUCAGGAAGGCCGCGGUGAGGCCGUCUACCAGAUCGGCGUGGAGGACAACGGGCUGCUGGUGGGUCUGAGCCGAGCCGACAUGACGGCCUCCAUCGGAACCUUGCGCAAGAUGGCCGACAAGGUGGGUGCUGACAUCACCCUGCUGCGGGAGCGUCAGGUGGACUCAGACGCUGACGGGAACGCACGAGGGAUCGCCGAGGUCCUGGUGCGGAAGGUUCCGGAUGACCAGCAGUUCCUAGACCUGCGCGUGGCCGUGCUGGGCAACGUGGACUCGGGGAAGUCCACGCUGCUGGGCGUGCUGACGCAGGGCGAGCUGGACAACGGGCGAGGCCGAGCGCGCCUCAACCUCUUCAGGCAUCUCCACGAGAUCCAGACGGGACGCACGUCCAGCAUCAGCUUUGAGAUCCUGGGCUUUGACAGCAGAGGACAAGUGGUCAACUACAGCGACUCGCGCAGCGCUGAGGAGAUCUGCGAGAGCUCCUCCAAGAUGAUCACCUUCAUCGACCUGGCGGGACAUCACAAGUACCUGAAGACCACCGUCUUUGGACUCACCAGCUACUGCCCGGACUUUGCCAUGCUGGUGGUCAGCGCCAACACCGGCAUUGCCGGUACCACCAGGGAGCAUCUGGGCCUGGCCAUGGCGCUGAAGGUUCCCAUCUUCAUCGUGGUCAGCAAAGUGGACGUGUGCUCGCGGGGGGGCGUGGAGCGAACGCUCAGGCAACUGGAGCGACUCCUCAAGCAGCCGGGCUGCAACAAGGUCCCGCUGGUCGUCCGUACGGCCGACGACGCCGUCGCCGCCGCGCAGCAGUUUGCCCCCGCCGCCUGCGUGACGCCCAUCUUCACCUUGUCCAGUGUGUCAGGAAAAGGUCUGGAGCUGCUCAAGGUCUUCUUGAACAUUCUUCCUCCUCUCAGCAACAGCAAACAGCAGGAGGAACUCAUGCAGCAGCUCACCGAGUUCCAGGUGGACGAGAUCUACUCUGUUCCCGACGUGGGGACGGUGGUAGGGGGGACCUUGUACAGCGGCGUGUGCCGCGAAGGCGAGCGUCUGGCGGUGGGCCCGACGGACGAGGGCGGCUUCCUGCGCGUGAAGGUUCUGUCCAUCCAGAGGAACCGCUCCACCUGCAGGCUGCUGAGGGCGGGGCAGGCGGCCACGCUGGCGCUGGGCAACCUGGACAGGACGCUGCUGCGCAAGGGCAUGGUGAUGGUGAGUCCCAAGAUGAAGCCCACCAUCUGUCGCCACUUUGAGGCGGCCGUGGUUCUCCUCUUCCACGCCGGGACCUUCCGCCGCGGCUCGCAGGUCACGGCGCACGUGGGCAACGUCAGGCAGACGGCCGUCGUGCAAAGGCUGCACGGGAAGGAGGAGCUGAGGACGGGCGAGCGAGCCGUGGUAACCUUUUGCUUCCUCAAACAUCCCGAAUAUCUUCGGACCGGCGCCAAACUUCUCUUCAGACAGGGAGUCACCAAGGGCAUAGGACACGUCACGCGCCUCCUCACCGCAGAAAACAUCCAGAACCACCAGAACCAGAACUACUAGGAUAGAAGCGCCAUAACCUGAAGCAUCACAACCACUGGAAAGCAAACUCUACAACCGUAAGCACCACCAGAGCAAUUGGCCGUCAAGAGAGCAAAAGCAUUGAAACGACUGGAAUCGAUGGCACUCCGACCGAGCCAAGACCUUGGUCCUUUCUGCUGAUGCGGAUUGUUGCCGUGUGGCUGGCCCGCCUGCCACAGCCCGCCCACCUCCAUGAAGAUUCCCACUCGAUUCUUCAACUUUGACCUUUAUGACAAACAUCAGCCCUGUCGGCAGCCGCCUCGGCUGUUUGGUGGAAGCUUGUGCACUCCAAGAAGGGAACUUUGAAUGUGUUUGAUGUAAAAUAGGACAUCCGUUGUUGUCGUCAGCAGUAAUUAGCCACUUUAGCAUGUGACCCGCGUGCCAGAAAAGGCAGCUUGGACUUCAAACGUUUCAGUCCCAUCCUGAAAUGAAGAUGCUUGGUGUUUGUUAACUAGAAAGAACAAUCUAAAAAUGAUAAAUAUAGAGUGGAAAGCGA